AUGCUGGCCCUGACCAAGUCACUCGUAAUCUGGAGUCCAUGCGAAGUGAAUCCUGUGCAACCACCAACGACGAAGAGGGCGACGACAAGGGAUGCAAGCACGAGGGUUGCACAACACACGUUUACCAAGGGGGAAACGUUCAACAUCGACCCUUCCACUAAAGAUCCUGGUUGUGACGACGACCAGUAUGCCUACGUGAUGGGAAUCAACAUUGCGAGAACCGACAGUACAAGCUUCUAUAGUUACACGACCACCCCCGAGCUUGGUUCGAACGACGUGGGGAUGCGGCGAGGGGCGACUAACGAGGACUCGGUUGUUUCCGUCACAUGCGACUCAGACGAGUGCAACAUCAACUACUACGUCACGUGGGCUUGCGACGACGCCACGAAUCCGAACGCGACAAGCACGACAACUACGAGCGCAACCACCACCACCACCACAACGGCAACGUCGGCAACGACAGCACCAACGACAGCACCAACGACAGCUCCGUCGACCACGAACUCGACCACCACCGUUGCGAACAGUGCGUGGGUGGAGACUGGCGCUGGUCUCGCCGGCUUGGCGGCGGCGGCCAUCGCAGCGUUCCUUCAGCUGUAA